GGAGAAACUGAGGUCCAGAGAUUUUAAGAGAUCUGCCCAUGAUCACACUGACAGCAAACAGGAGAGCCUUCUGAUGCCAAAGUAUACUUCCAACUGUCCCUAAUUUCUCCAUUAGGUGCAAGAGCUCCUUGUGUUUAGUGGUUGUAGGAAGUAUGGUUAGUUAUUCCCCUUCCUAUCUUCUUUAUCUCCCUUACUGACCUCUUUCUUAUUCACUCUUAAGCCUUUGCUUCAUUAUCCCUAAGUUAUACAACUGCACAGAGAUCAGGUGAUCUUGGAAGAAAGGGGAGGGGAGAUUUCCAGGCCUGAUCAUAUAAACAAGGACGAUCACAUGACUCAGAGGGGUCAGAAAUGGCAAGAGCUGAGGACCCCAGGACUGUCCUGAUCACCGGCUGCUCUUCCGGCAUUGGUCUGCAUCUGGCUGUAAAAUUGGCUCAAGACCCUCAACAGAGAUACCAUGUGAUCGCCACCAUGCGGGACCUGGGGAAGAAAGAGAAACUGGAGGCUGCAGCUGGAGAGUCUCUAGGGCGGACGUUGACCGUGGCACAAAUGGAUGUCUGCAGUGAGGACUCGAUUUCUGCCUGCCUAAGCUCCAUUAAGGAAGGAUCUCUGGAUGUGCUAGUGAACAAUGCAGGUUUGGGACUUAUUGGGCCCCUGGAGAGCCUCACUAUGACAGACAUCAAGAAGGUCUUUGAAACCAACUUCUUUGGGGUAGUCCAACUGAUCAAGGCUGUGCUGCCCAGCAUGAAGCAGAAACGUAGGGGCCACAUCGUGGUGAUCAGCAGUGUCAUGGGAAUGCAAGGUAUCAUAUUCAAUGAUGUCUACUCGGCCUCUAAGUUUGCAAUAGAGGGAUUCUGUGAGAGUCUGGCUGUGCAGCUUCUGCGGUUCAAUAUCUUUGUGUCCUUAGUGGAACCAGGGCCGGUGAACACAGAGUUUGAAGCCAAGUUAAUGGCCCAGAUUUCCAAGGAUAAUUUUCCUGGCACUGACCCUGACACCUUGAGCUACUUUCUUGAUAUUUACCUCCCGGCAUCAAAGGAGAUUUUCCAGACCCUGGGCCAGAGCCCCGACGAUGUUGUCCAGGCCAUCGUCCAGGUGAUUGGCUUAACACGUCCAUCCCUUCGCUAUCAGACCAAUCCUCUCUAUACGCCCCUGACUGCCCUGAAGUACGCUGACCCUUCCGGAGACCUCUCCAUCCGCACUUUCUACCGUCUCCUCUUCCGCUGCCAGCCCCUUUUCCGGUUCAGUCUCUGUUGCCUGCGAUGCCUUACAGGGAACUGCCUCCGACCCAGAGUCACACCUAUGUGAAGGGGUCUCACACCUGUUGGGGGCUCAGAGCCAUGUGAAGGGGACAGUAUGUAUGAGGAAGUUCAUGUCCAUGUAAAGAAGUCAUGUGUAGUCAGAGACAGGAAUGAACCUCAGUCAGAGGCUCUCUUUUUAGUCUUUUCAAGAGAUGAUGCUCGAAAUCCUAAAUUUACAAUCCCUUCCAUUGGUGGGAGUUUAUUCCUGGACUCUGGCCUAACUAUCAAUCUUGUACUUCAGCCUUCUCCUCUCACCCCCACCUACACACUUCACUGUGAAUUUAAUAACACUUUGCAAGUGAAUUUGUAUUUUAUUUUAUUGGCAUUUUUAAUUUAAUAUUUUAUUUUUCUCAACUACCUGUAAAAACAAUAUUCAUUAAAACAUUUUUGAGUUCCAAGUUCCUCCUUCCUGUUCUCUCCUCAUUGAGAAGGCAAGCAAUUUUAUAUAGGUUAUACAUGUGCAGUUAUGCAAAUUACAUUUCUAUUUUAGUCAUGUUGUAAAGAAAAAUAGAAAAAAAAAUAAAGUUUUUAAAAAAUAUAUUUUAAUCUGUAUUGAGUCUAUCAGUUCUUUCUCUGGAAAUGGAGAGUAUUUUUCAUCAUGAGUUCUUCAAAAUUUUCUUGGAUCAUCGUAUUGCUGACAGUAGCUAAAUCAUUCACAGUUGUACAAUAUUGCUGUUACUGUGUACAAUGUUCUCCUGUUUCUGCUCAUUUCAUUUUGCAUCAGUUCAUAUAAGUCUCUUCAGAUUUUUCUGAGAGCAUUCUGCUUAUCAUUUCCAUCACAAUCACAACUUGUUUAGCCAUUCCCCAAAUUGAUACGCAUCCCCUCAAUUUCUAAUUCUUUGCUACUACUAAAAUUGCUGUACAUGAACAAAAAUAUUUGUGUAAAUGUUGAACUUUUACCUUUUUGUUUUUCAUCUCUUUGGGAUACAGACCUAAAAGUGAUAUUACUGAGUCAAAUUAUAGUCUGAAUUUUUAUUCUAUUGAUUAUGCCAGCAUCUACACACAAGAACACAUAUUAAUACAUAUAUUUGGGAGAAAAAUUAGUUAUUGGGAGACAAACCUAAUAAGUCAUAUUGCUGGGUCAAAUUAUAGUCUGAAUUUGUAGCUUAUUGAUUAUGCCAGCAUCUACACACAAUAGAACACAUAUUAAUCCAUAUAUGUAGGAGACAAAUUAGUUAUUCUGUUUAUAGAACAUAUGUCUGCUCAUCUGUCAUACUGAGUAAAUCAAUGAGACGACUGAGAUUUCUUUUUGCAGCUUUAGAAAUUGAAAGUCUGACAGAUUUAGGGGAAGGCUUCAACCUUAGAACACUGAGUUUCCAAGCUUAUUUCUGUGUUUAGAUUUCAACACAGCAGGUGGAAAAAAUCCUUAGAUACAUAGUGGGAAAAGACUUCAGGACUUUACAACUUACUCAAACAGUUGUGCUUUCACAAAAUAAAUGAUCCAGAUGCUUUUGUGGGAAGAUUUAUUUUGAAGAAUUCGUGUGAAAGGUCUAGUAAGCUGCCUUGUUCUUUUGAUGCCAGAUCUGGAAUUCUAACAUUAUCAGCUUUAAGGUAAAGCUAUUUAUGUGGAUAGAAGAGUAGAGAAAUAGACAGAAGGGCAGGAAUCCUCAUCUGAGAAUUUGAAAGCUAUGUAUAUGCCACCAAAACUGAGCUUGAGUUUCCCAACUCCUGUCAAACAUACAAGUAUAUCAGUGAAUAAAGAUUUUCAAUCUGCCUGCCUUGUUCUCUGCACAAAUAGUAACAGAAUGAGCUGGGUUCUCCUUGGAUCCCAGCUUCUGAGUUUGGAUUUCUUAUCAGCUAGAGCAGAA